AUGUCCGGCACCAAAGUGGAGGACUCCCCACCUUGUCGCAACUGGUCAUCUGCUCCGGAGCUGAACGAAACUCAAGAACCCUUUUUAAACCCCACCGACUAUGACGACGAGGAAUUCCUACGGUACCUGUGGAGGGAGUACCUCCACCCCAAAGAAUACGAGUGGGUCCUGAUCGCCGGCUACAUCAUCGUGUUCGUGGUGGCGCUUAUUGGGAACGUCCUGGUGUGUGUGGCUGUGUGGAAGAACCACCACAUGAGGACGGUGACCAAUUACUUCAUCGUCAACCUUUCUCUGGCUGAUGUGCUUGUGACCAUCACCUGCCUUCCAGCCACAUUAGUUGUGGACAUUACUGAGACCUGGUUCUUCGGACAGUCCCUCUGUAAAGUGAUUCCUUAUUUACAGACCGUGUCGGUAUCUGUGUCUGUCCUCACAUUGAGCUGCAUUGCCUUGGACCGGUGGUAUGCUAUCUGUCACCCUCUGAUGUUUAAAAGCACAGCCAAGCGGGCCCGGAACAGCAUCAUCAUCAUCUGGAUUGUGUCCUGCAUCAUAAUGAUCCCUCAGGCCAUUGUCAUGGAGUGCAGCACCAUGCUUCCCGGCUUAGCCAAUAAAACCACUCUCUUUACCGUCUGUGAUGAGCACUGGGGAGGUGAAAUUUACCCCAAGAUGUAUCACAUCUGUUUCUUUCUGGUGACAUAUAUGGCACCACUGUGUCUUAUGGUGUUGGCCUAUCUACAAAUAUUUCGUAAACUUUGGUGCAGACAAAUUCCUGGAACAUCUUCUGUCGUUCAGAGAAAAUGGAAGGCCCUGCAGCCUCUUUCACAGCCUCGGGGGCCCGGACAGCCGACCAAAUCCAGGAUCAGCGCUGUGGCUGCUGAAGUAAAGCAGAUCCGAGCCAGACGGAAAACAGCCCGGAUGCUGAUGGUUGUGCUCCUAGUGUUCGCAAUUUGCUAUCUCCCAAUUAGCAUCCUCAAUGUGCUAAAGAGAGUGUUUGGGAUGUUCGCCCACACAGAAGACAGGGAAACUGUGUACGCCUGGUUUACAUUUUCACACUGGCUCGUGUAUGCCAACAGUGCUGCAAACCCAAUCAUUUAUAAUUUUCUCAGUGGAAAGUUUCGAGAGGAAUUUAAAGCCGCGUUUUCUUGCUGUUGCCUUGGGGUUCAUCACCGCCAGGAGGACCGGCUGGCCAGGGGGCGGACAAGCACCGAAAGCCGCAAGUCCCUGACCACGCAGAUCAGCAACUUUGAUAACGUGUCGAAACUGUCUGAGCAGGUGGUGCUCACGAGCAUCAGCACGCUCCCCGCGGCCAACGGCGCCGGGCCCCUCCAGAGCUGUGUGAGAGGAACUGUAACUGAAACAACCCAAGUUUUAAAUGCACUGGAGUUUGGAGCACCUGUUAAUAAAGAUGAGGUCAACAGCCCCAAGUUGGCCACCAUGAUAGUCUUCAUUUUCUUCGCUGUGGGGCUAUGCCUGAACAAGUCCACUUCCCAAACCACAGAUUGCAUGUCUUUAAAAGAGCUCUGCCUACGUGAUGCCGAUGGUUGUAAACAUGCCUGGAGAAUAAUGGAAGAUGCCUGCAAUGUGUCAGGCAACACCUGCCAGAUGAAGGAUUCAUCCAGCUGUGACCUAAGUAUCCAGUCCUUAGCGGAAAGCAAUUUACAAUUUAAAGAUUGUCUCUGCUCUGAUGACCUUUACUGCACUAUUAACAAAUUGCUUGGGAAAAAAUGCAUCAACGAAUCAGAUAACAUAAAAGAGGAUAAUAAAUACAAGUGGAAUCUAAGCACUCUUCCCUAUCAUGGAGGCAGAGGGGUCCAGUCCUGCCUGGAAGUGGCAGAGGUUUGUGUUGGGGAUGCACUCUGCAAUGCUCAGCUGGCCCUUUACCUGAAAGCUUGCUCAGCGAAUGGAAAUCUGUGCGAUGUAAAACACUGCCAAGCAGCCAUCCGCUUCUUCUAUCAAAAUAUGCCGUUUAACAUUGCCCAGAUGUUGGCUUUUUGUGACUGUGCUCCCACUGAUGAGCCUUGUCAACAGUCCAGAGAAGCACUCCACAGCAGGCCAUGUGCAGUGAACAGAGUUCCAACCCCCACCUGCCUCGAAGUAAUUCACAGCUGCCAAGAUGAUGAAUUAUGCAGGAGGCGCUAUGGAACAUUCCAGGCAAAGUGCUGGCAGCAUGUGAUGAGAAAGUGCCAUGAGGAUGAGACAUGCAUUGGUACCUUAAGCAAGCAAGACCUCACUUGCUCUGGAAGUGAUGACUGCAAGGCAGCUUACAUUGGUACCCUUGGGACGGUCCUUCAAGUGCAAUGCACCUGUAGUACCAUUACUCAAAGUGAAGAAUCCUUGUGCAAGAUUUUCCAGCAUAUGCUUCACAGAAAGUCAUGUUUCAAUUAUCUGACCCUGUCUAAGGUCAAAGGCAUUCCAUUGCAAGAAGGAAAACAUGCCAAGGAGAUAACUCUCAGUGGAUUUCAUCCCCCCUUCAAUGGAGAAGGCAUCUAUGCUCUCAUGUGCAUGAUGGUCACCUGCGGGAUCCUCCUCCUGGUGAUGGUCAGACUAAGAACCUUCAGAAUAUUGAAUCAAAACAAGAGAUCCUUCACCAACCCAAAUACCUGGCAGACUCAUGACUCAUUAAGAGUCACGGAUCAUUAA